AUGAGAUUACAAGGAAAUCAAUUAGGCAAACAUUUGGAAGAGUUACUAAACUUUGCCAAUUGGAUUUUGGCAAUCGUUGAUGGAAACAUUGGAAGCUCCAUUGAUGGAAUUGAGACUAUUCAAAUCCCUGAUGAUCUUAUCAUUAAGGAUUGUGUCGAUCCAAUAUUGGCAAUUGUAGAGACAAUUCUUGCUCCGACUCUAGACAUGGCAGAGUCGAUCAAUGAUUUUAUGAUAUCACUUAAUCAUAAUCCUGAGAGGACAUAUCUUAGUUCUGAUACAGUUUGCAUGUCUGAUCAUUCUUUUACAACAUUGGAGCAUGUGCACACACCAGAAUUUCUUAACAGUAUCAAGUGUUCUAGAAUUCCAAAUCACUUAAUCACAUUAAAGGUAGGUGUACUGGUAAUGUUAUUGAGAAACAUAGAUCAAUCAUCAGGGUUGUGUAAUGGGACGAGGCUGAUCAUCACAAGAAUUGAAAGUCAAGUUAUAGAAGCUAAGGUUUUGUCAGGCAAAAAGGCCGGUGAAAAGGUGUUUAUUCCAAGAAUGAGUUUGACACCAUCUGAUGCGAGAAUACCUUAUAAAUUCUAG